UUGGAGAGACGGCGCGCUGUGCGGUUGUCAUAGUGGGAAGUUUGAGUGUUUGCAGGGGAAAGCGAGCGUGUGUGUAUUUGUGUGUGUUUGUGUUUGUUUGUAUGUGUGCGUGCAGUGGUUCUACAAGACAUGGCUCACAACUUCCAAAACUCGACUCUUUCUUUCACUUUACCCAUAUCGUGUCAGAUAUGCCUGGGCAAGGUUCGGCAGCCGGUCAUUUGUGCCAACCACCACGUGUUCUGUGCAGCCUGCAUGGAGAUGUGGCUGCAGAAAGCCGGCCAGUGUCCCACCUGCAGGGUGCCCAUCACAGCGGAGAACCCGUGCAGAGAAAUCAUCGGAGGCACCAAUGAGAAUGAGCACAGUGAGAGCCCCUCUGUGAGGAAACGCCUCAGAAAAACCAGAGGAGAGCUGCUGCUGCGCGAGUAUGAGGAUGAAAUUGAAGGGCUAGUCAGAGAGAAUGAGGAGUUGAAAACCAAAAACCAAAAUCUGGAGUCUCAUCUGAAGACUGCCCUGGAUCCCAGCAGUAUUAUUACAGUGCAAACAGAAGAUAAAAGAGUAGAUCCUGGCAUCUUGGAAGAAUGGGCAAACAAGUUGCAGGCUGCCACAGAUGUUUGCAAUAAAAUAAAGCAGGAUAUGGAUAAGCUUAAGGAGGCAAACAAGACAUUGAGGUCUCAAAAUGUCGACCUCGUACAAGAGAACAUGCGAUUGAAGGCAGAGGUGGCAAGCCGAUCUCCGCAAAAGUUUGGUCGUUACACAGUAGCUGCACUUGAGGCAAAAAUCCAGCAGUAUGAGCGUGAUGUGGACCACCUGAAGAGGGCUCUGGACCGCAGUGAUCAGUACAUUGAAGACUUAGAGUCCCGAGUUAGCGAGCGUGAGAGAAGACAACCUGAAAUGCAGGGUGCAUGUCAGGAUACCAAGGUUGGGACAGACACUCUCAUGGAGCAACAGAGAAUCAACAUAAUGAGAAGUUUGAGCGAUACAGAGAGGGAGUCCAUCUGCAGCAAUCCUAAGGCAAAAUUUGGAAAUGACAAUUUGAUCUUCCCAUCCUUUGAUAACAGAGAGUUUGAUGAGAAAAUGGUUGGACACCAGAAAGAGAAGGACUUGGAAAGCUCCUUUUUGCCCUCCACUCCAUCCUCUGCCUUCCGUUCUCUGACAUUGAGAAGCCCCGGCAUCCGUGAGAAGAAAGUUGCUUUUAAACCCAUGUCCUACCUGAGAAGGCUCAACUUUGAAGAGACUCCCAGUCUUGGGAACAGUGGCAGCUCUUCCUCUGCCACAGAGAACCAAUUCUCCAGCCUUACUAAAUUCCCCAAUGAUUUGCCCCCUAGUACUGAGAUGGAGCCCCCAAAGUCUGUCUUCUGGGGUGCUUGGCAGAGGCCCAAAUGUAAUGACCAGGCCUGUCCAGGUCCAAGUAAAGGAGCCACAUCCAAAAACCUCCUUGGUAGUGAGCCUGAUAGUUUCCAGAUGUCUAGUGAGGCAUCCAUGGAUGCAGCUUACCUUGAUAAAAUCUCAGAGUUGGAUUCAAUGAUGCUGGAUGGAGAGAGUUCCAGCAGUCGGGGAUCACAGCUCUCCCUUGCUUCAUCACCUCCAACAGACUUGGAUGCCACUCUCAUCCCAGAACCAAAAACCUGCUCUGUCGUCUUGACAGACUGUGGAGAUGCUGUGAUGGGAGGUCGUGUGACUUUGUCAAGUGACCACGAAAGCCACCCUCCGUGUGACAUCAAGGACAGCACCUUGAAAGACACUGUUGCUCCAGCGGGCUCUGCAGAGGACCAAGUUGCUGGACAGGUGUUGGGUCAGGAGGCUGGCACUGGUGCCCAUAUUCAAACUGAUGAACUGUCUUUUGACUUGCUGUUUGAUCCUUUGGAGGAGAAUAAAGCUGGUUCCUUUGUAUGCCAACACCAUGAUCACCAUGUAAACCCCUCCUCCUUGUCGUCCAGCUGUGCUUGUAAACCUGGGAACACAAGAGACAGAAAAAUGGUGAAUGUCAGUCAGCCAACAAAACGAAAAUCUCACAGUCCCUUUAACACAAGCAGUCCCACAAAACUUUCAAAGCUCAUGUGAAGGUUUUAGAAGCUUUUCUGUGUCCUUAGCACAUCACUAGAACCAUUAACUCCAUAUAGUUUUGCAGAGUGAAUCUAUGUAUAUGAUGCUAGGGAAUUUAAUUUGCCUUGAGGUUUUGCUGAAUUUUUGACAUUCUGUUGUGAUAUUGUACACAUCAAGGUAAUUGCAUUAAGGUAAAACGUGUCCGUGUUUGUCUCAUAGGUUAUUUUUUUGUGUAGUCUACCCAUAGAUCUCAUUGGAUAGAUUUUUACAGCAGUCAUCUCAUAGACACAAACAUUAAACUCUGAAAAUUCUUCUAUGUACAAAUCUUUUGGCGUAAUCGUAUGAGAAAAUGUUUUUGUCAUGUCAGUGUUGUCAUAGAAUAAUUUAUAAUUUUGUGUUGAGACAUUUUUAUGAAACACUGCAAGCCGAGUAAUGGAUCUGUCAUCUCCAGCUAUAUAGUAUCUGUAGUAUCUUUUCAUGAACAUGUCCAUCCUAAAUACCAUAAUCUGUCUCUGACUAGGAAAUUACAAUGUUAUGUAUGUGGAAAUAAAAUGACAAUACUGAGUAA